AUGUACCUGUUGUUGUUUACUAUUGGAUUACAAUCCGGAGGAAUUGCCAACUCGUUAGCCAAAAAGUCUCCGGUUACAAAGGAAGAUUUGCUAGAAAGAAUCAAAAAGUAUAUUGAUUUAGAAGAAUUUACAUCUUCACAAAAGCAAAUUGAGCAAGGUUUUCAGGAGGCAAGUCAAAGUCGGAGGCCGGAGAAGCCAGCAGGAAGAGGGAAAUUUGAAGAGCGACGACCUCGUCUAGUCGGAGAAAGAUUCAGAUUUCCAUAUCAGAGGGAGUUCACACCUUUGAACACGCCUAGAGCCCAGAUACUUAAAGAAGUGAUGUCGGCAGAAAUGAGAAAUGUCUCAAGGCCGCCACCCCUUCAGCCAAAGUUUCCAGACAAAACCAGAUGGUGCGAAUUCCAUCAAGGAUAUGUAGAUGUUGGCAAUGAGGAUAAAUCUCGACGACCAUACCGUAGUAGGAGUCCACCAGGAGGAAGAGGACAAGAGGCAGGCAAGAUUCCACAACAAAAGCAAACAGCUCCCAAUCCGGUCCAGUUAGGUCACGUAUGCACUAUAGCCAGAGGUCGAGCAGGAGGAGGAGAAUCGAGUAAUGCUCGGAAGAAGCAUUUAAAGAUGUGCAUGGCCAUUUCAGAUAAGCCACGUUUCAAAGAAGAAAGAAGGAAGACGGGAAAAAAAAUAGUUUUUGAGGACCUAGAUGAUGAGAUAAUUGAUCCAGAGCAUGAUGAUCCUUUAGUCAUUUCUGGGUUGCUAGCAAAUUAUCGUGUUGAUAGAACGCUGGUAGACGUAUGGAGUUCGGUGGACAUUAUAUUCUUGGAUGCGUUUAGAAGAAUGGAUUUGGAUUAUGACCAGUUAGAGCCAUAUGGAGCCGAGUUAUUAGCUUUCACAGGAGAUAAAAUUAAGCCAUUGAGAUAUAUCCCAUUGAGGAUGACUUUAGGCAAGGCACCCGCGCACAAAACUGUCACCUAG